CGUCUGCGUCAUUUCUGGAGAGGCGCAGGCUAGCAGGUAGCUACCCGUCAAGGAGCGAUGGCGUCGGCGGCGAUGGACACCACGUAAACAAAUAACAACAGACAGGGUACGGUCGGUGUAUGUCCAUGUGUCAUUAACGGUACGUUGUGGAAGUAGAAGAAAAAGAAGAAUUAAAAAAAACUACUGUGUUGUUAUGGCGACCGGGAACGGCGGCAGCCUCGGCGGCGGUUUGGCGUCAAACCAUGACGGUCAGGAGGCAGCAUCCAACUCGGCUCAGUCCGGAGCCGCGGCAGCGAUCUCCAACGUGCCGGCCUCCGGUCCAGCACCGUCAGCCUCCCCGCCUGUCCUCGGCCUUCACCGGGAGCCCGUGUACAACUGGCAGGCGACGAAGAGCUCCCUGAAGGAGCGCUUCGCCUUCCUCUUCAACAACGAGCUGCUCAGCGACGUCAGGUUCGUAGUCGGUAAGGGCAGGCAGGCCCAGAGGAUACCGGCCCAUAAAUUCGUCCUGGCCGCCGGCAGUGCCGUUUUUGAUGCCAUGUUCAACGGGGGAAUGGCCACCACCUCGGCUGAAAUAGAGCUGCCUGAUGUGGAGCCGGCAGCCUUUCUCGCCCUGCUCAGGUUCCUGUAUUCUGAUGAGGUCCACAUCGGUCCCGAGACUGUGAUGACGACUUUGUAUACGGCUAAGAAGUACGCGGUCCCUGCUCUGGAGGGUCACUGUGUGGAGUUCCUCACCAAGCACCUCAGAGCCGACAAUGCAUUCAUGCUCCUCACUCAGGCAAGGUUAUUUGAUGAGCCUCAACUUGCCAGUCUCUGCUUAGACACCAUAGACAAAAGCACUGCAGAUGCGAUAAACGCAGAGGGCUUUACAGAUAUUGACCUUGACACCUUAUGUGCAGUGCUAGAAAGAGACACACUCAGCAUCAGGGAGAACCGUUUGUUUGGGGCGGUGGUACGCUGGGCAGAGGCAGAGUGUUACCGGCAACAGCUUCCCCUGACCGCGGAGAACAAACAGAAGGUUCUGGGGAAAGCCCUGCCGCUCAUCCGCUUUCCGCUCAUGACUGUCGAGGAGUUCGCUGCAGUAAACCCCAAACCACGGGUCGACUACAUUGACAGGCCGCGGUGCUGCCUCAGGGGGGAGGAGUGCAGCAUUAAUAGAUUCCAGCAGGUUGAGAGUCGAUGGGGGUACAGUGGUACCAGCGACAGAAUCAGAUUCAAUGUUAACAGAAGAAUAUCCAUAGUGGGUUUUGGCUUGUAUGGUUCAAUACAUGGACCCACUGACUAUCAGGUCAACAUACAGAUCAUAGAGAGCGACAAACGCAAUACACUGGGUCAGAACGACACAGGUUUCAGCUGUGACGGCACAGCAAACACAUUCAGAGUGAUGUUCAAAGAGCCUGUGGAAAUCCUACCCAAUGUCAGCUACACUGCAUGUGCCACCUUAAAGGGCUCAGACUCGCAUUAUGGCACCAAAGGGUUAAAGAAAGUGACCCAGGAAUCAGCAACAGGGACCAAGACGACGUUUGUCUUUUUUAGCUCUCCUGGAAAUAACAAUGGUACAUCAGUGGAGGACGGGCAGAUACCAGAGAUCAUCUACUACACCUAGACUUAACACAGUGUCAUGCAGGUACACUGAACCAGCGAGACCUCAGACUGCUGGGAAGACUGGAUUGCUGGAGAUAUACGCAGUGCCUCAUGAUCCCUUGGAAUAAAGAAUGUGUCCUUGAGUGUGUUUCUUUGAGUGUGUGUGUGUACGUGUGUGUUUGUGUGUCUGUUUGUGCGUAUGUGCGUAUCUGUGUAUACAAUAGGGGUGUACAGACAUGAUCAGGUUUGUGAAAACAGUGGGAGUUGUGGCAAAAUCACAGCUCUGGUGUGAAAAAACAUUUUUUGCGCAUAAACUGUAUCAUCAGUUUCAGAUGAUCUGAAUAACUGAUGUCCUUUGUGUGUGUGUGUUAUUAUCAGUAAGCUGCCAGUGCUGGAGUUUAUCCUGCACGAGUGAAACUACAGAGACAGCUACCAUUUGUUGGUUGAUGCCAUUUCAUUUUGUUAUUUUUUCAGUUUUCGCUGAUGCAUUUAUCGAAAGUAUAAUAUUUGCAUAUUUUUUAUUGUGCACUGUUAUCAUUUAUUCAACAAGUGUCUUCAAGUACUUUGUUUUUGCCCUGUGUUAAGGAUCCCAUGUGUGUUGUGUAACUUUGCCAGUGGUACAUGCUGUAAUUUCUGACUUCAUGUUUGCUUAGCACUUAAUUAAUAUGUAAAAAAAAUUAAAUUAAAUUAAAAAAAAAGUAAAAUAAACAAAAAAUUGAAAAACAAAGUCUAAUUUGGCUUU